AUGCACGGAGCGGUUCACACAGUUCCGAUCGUUCCCGCUCACGCACUCAUUCGCGUUCUCGUUCACCGACACGUUCACACUACUCCCGAUCCGGUUCCCGCAGUCCUCGAUCCGGAUCAAAACACACACGAUCACGAUCCCACUCUCAUUCUUGGUCGCGCUCUCGCUCUCGCUCAAUGUCUCGCUCGGGUGACCGUCGAAGCUAUUUCUCACACUCACGGUCACGUUCGCGCACGCGCUCCCGCUCGUCUUCAUCCUAUCGGAAAGGGCGUCGGCGUACCUAUCCGCAUAGCAGUUCCCGGAGUCGUUCCCCAGGGUCAUCGGGUCGCUCGCGUUCCCACUCUCGCUCGUCACCACGUUCGCCGAUUGUUGGUGGCGGGGGCGGGAGCAAAUAUCCUCGUGAUCGUUCGAAGCGUGUUAAAUGGAACAACGCGGUAUGCUUCUUUUACAGAUUCAUUUGAUCGUUUGUGA